AUGACAGAAACCAUAAAAUCAAACAAUAAUCACCUUAUGGGACUACCCAACACAGUGGAUUAUGACAAUAAGGUGGAUGAUUUGGGAUGGAAAGCAAAACUUAAAAUUCCCCCAAAGGAUCGGAGAAUUCAAACAGAUGUAACCGAUACGCGUGGUAAUGAAUUUGAAGAAUUUUGUUUAAAAAGAGAACUACUUAUGGGAAUUUUCGAAAAAGGCUGGGAGAAACCAUCCCCUAUACAGGAAGCCUCUAUCCCUAUAGCACUGUCUGGAAAAGAUGUACUUGCUAGAGCAAAAAAUGGAACAGGUAAGACUGGUGCUUACAGUAUUCCUGUGUUAGAGCAAAUCGACCCUAAAAAAGACUGUAUUCAAGCACUAAUUAUAGUACCAACGAGAGAAUUAGCAUUACAAACUUCACAAAUAUGCAUAGAACUAGCCAAAUACCUAGAGGUACGUGUUAUGGUGACAACAGGUGGAACAAACUUAAGAGAUGACAUUAUGCGUAUAUACCAAAAAGUGCAAGUUAUCAUAGCAACUCCAGGGCGUAUACUUGACCUUAUGGAAAAAGGAGUAGCAGUUAUGGACCAAUGUAAAAUUCUUGUAUUAGAUGAAGCUGACAAAUUACUGUCUCAAGAUUUUAAGGGAAUGCUUGACACUGUGAUUAAAAAUUUACCACAAGAGAGGCAAAUUUUACUAUUUUCUGCAACUUUCCCUUUGACAGUUGAACAAUUUAUGAGAAAGCAUUUACGAGAUCCAUAUGAGAUAAACCUCAUGGAAGAACUUACACUGAAAGGUGUAACGCAGUAUUAUGCAUUUGUCCAGGAAAGACAGAAAGUGCACUGUUUAAAUACUCUAUUUUCCAAGUUACAAAUUAAUCAAAGUAUUAUUUUUUGCAAUUCUACACAACGAGUAGAAUUGCUGGCAAAGAAAAUAACGGAACUGGGUUACUCAUGUUAUUAUAUCCAUGCAAAAAUGGCACAAGCACAUAGAAACAGGGUGUUUCAUGAUUUUAGGUCUGGUUUAUGCCGGAAUCUCGUUUGUUCUGAUCUGUUUACAAGAGGUAUUGAUGUACAAGCCGUUAAUGUCGUAAUAAAUUUUGAUUUCCCGAAAAUGGCCGAAACGUAUCUACAUCGUAUAGGUAGAUCUGGUAGAUUUGGCCACCUGGGUAUUGCAAUAAAUUUGAUCACCUACGACGAUAGGUUCUCCCUUCACCGUAUUGAACAAGAACUCGGUACUGAAAUCAAACCCAUUCCUAAAGUUAUCGAUCCUAAACUUUAUGUACCAAAAGUGGAUGAUGAAGAAAUCGAAACAGGAAAAUAA